GCGCGGCCCGUCCCCUCAGCGCGCGGCUGCGCGGCGGGAGCGGCGGCGGCGGGGCGGCCAUGGCGAAGCACACGGUGUCAUCGGCGCGGUUCCGCCGGGUGGACGUGGACGAGUACGACGAGAACAAGUUCGUGGAUGAGGAGGAAGGAGGCGACGGGCAAGCGGGGCCCGAUGAGGGCGAGGUGGACUCGUGCCUGCGGCAAGGGAACACGAUGGCCGCGCUGCAGGCGGCUCUGAAGAACCCUCCGAUCCACACAAAGAACCAGGCAGUGAAGGAUCGCGCAGAAAGUAUUGUCCUGAAGGUCCUCAUCUCUUUCAAAGCCAACGAUAUUGAGAAGGCGGUGCAGUCGCUGGACAAGAACGGUGUCGACCUGCUGAUGAAGUACAUCUACAAAGGCUUUGAGAGCCCCUCGGACAACAGCAGCGCUGUGCUGCUGCAGUGGCACGAGAAGGCCCUGGCUGCUGGAGGAGUAGGGUCCAUUGUCCGCGUUUUGACUGCCAGGAAAACGGUUUAAAUCCAGCAGCGAGUGGCUGUCCGCCACCCACGGCGUGGGAAAUGCUGGUGCAAAAACCAAACCACCGAAUGCCAUUGCUGCCCCGUGGGCAGCGCCUGUCUCUCAGCUUGCCUUCUCGUUGCUUCUUUCGUACCCGAUAAAUAAUGCAUAUCGUGAUCUCUUUUUUUUUUUUUUUUUUUUUUUGUUAAAUUCUGGGAAAUUAUGAAGGUGCAAUUUUAUUUCUAACAGGAAUAUUUGGUACUCGCAGACAUUUCAGUGACAUGUAGAGCAACAUACACAACUUCACGUUUAGGGUGAUUUGCACUUGUGUAUAAUUAUGGCAGAUUUGGACCAAUGUCUUCAUUCUUUUCGCUAACCAAGCACUGUUUUGAUGUAAGAUCUAUAUUUGAGAAGUGGGGCAGCUAUUACUGUAGGUAACUGGACCACGUUUACUUUGGUCAACCUCUGAACCUACAGCCGUGAACAGGACAGAAAGCAAAGGCUCCCUUCCCGCCCCAAUUAUCAUUCCAGAGAGCCGAGUCUUUUCCUCAACCUCACGUCUCACGGCCUGUUCAGGUUCCUUGUGAUCAGUCAGAUGUUGGGUCCGCAGUGGGAAAAGUCACAACGGGAUGAAGUUGUCUGUCGUGCAGUUUGGGUGGUAGCGUUUAAAAGGUCGGUGGUCCAUUUAGACUGGAACCCAGCCCGGUGACCUCUCUUUAGUUUGGGGAGCAAAGAUCCUGAAGAGAAGAGGAAACGGCAGCUUUCACACAGAAAAAUCACCUUUCAGCGACUUGAAAGUGAUUUGAUUUUGUCAAGCACAACAAAGUGGCUGCCUGGGGUAAUCUGAGAAACGCGUAGCGGUGUCCACGCCAUCCUUGCAGAGCUCCCAGGUGUUGUUUUCUAGAGGCAUAGGGUCCUAAAGGAUACCGGAGAGUUCACAUUCCUGUUGCACUGUGCCACAGCGUGUUAGCUAGCGGGCGAAUUGGGUUCUGGAAUGAAGAGGAACACUUUAAAAAGAAUUAGGAAAGCCCAGGGCAUCCCAGACCACAGAUCACCAUUGAAGGUUCAGGGCCAGGACUGAAAUACAUGUGUUUUACAUUCACCACUUUACUGCAGUUCAGUUGUGUAAAACUGUUGGGGAACUUGUGAAAUCUUCGCUGUUUUUUGGUAUCUGCUUUUUUUUGUAACAGUAAUAAAGACGGGACAAUAAAUCAUCA